ACCUCWCCCGCAAAGUUUUCGUGUUCCGCAACGACCCCAGCGACGCUUUCGUUGUCCUCCACGCCCGCCUGGAGCGUCCCCUGAACAACUUCACCGUGUGCCUCCGCUCCUACACCGACCUGAGCCGCCCGCACGGGCUCUUCUCCUACUCCACCAAAUCCCAAGACAACGAAAUCCUGCUUUUUAAACCCAAACCCGAGGAGUACCGCUUCUACGUGGGCGGAAAAUUCGUCGCGUUCCGCGUGGGUGAAAAUCGCCGCGAUUGGGAGCACGUUUGUGCCAGCUGGGAAUCCAGCACGGGAAUCGCCGAGUUUUGGCUCAACGGCAAACCGUGGCCGAGGAAAGGGCURCAGAAGGGCUACUCGGUGGGCUCGGUGGCCGCCAUCCUGCUGGGCCAGGAGCAGGAUGGUUUUGGGGGAGGUUUUGACCCGUAUAAUUCGUUUUCGGGCGAGCUGAGCGAUGUUUUCCUGUGGGACGCGGCGUUGUCGCCCGAUAAGAUGAGAGCGGCUUUUCUGUCGCUGCGCCUGCCGCCGGCGCUGCUGGACUGGAGGAGGUUGGGCUACGAGAUCAGGGGGGAUGUGGUGGUCAAAUCGCGGCUGCGGGAGGCGCUGGGGGCGUGAGGGGACACGGGGUGGCUUUGGUGGUGGCUUUGGUGGCCCGCUGUCCCCUCCUUGUGGCCAUCGUCACCUGUGUCCCCUCCCCCGAGUUGCCUCCCGGUGGUCACUACGAGAUCAAGAGGGACGUGGUGGCCAAAUCGCGGCU